AUGGCCCUCCCAAAGAAAUGCAAGUACACGACAAGCGCCAUCCCAUGUGCCGCCGCGGCGAGCGCCCCGACCACCAUCAGCACCCAGUCGAGCCCGUCGGCGCACGCGAACAGCCUGGAGAAGGGCACGGCGGCCGGCGGUGGCUCGAUCUCCUCCACAUCGUCCACCGGCCCUUCGUUAUCCACCUGCACCGCCUCCACCCCGGACUCCAUGUACGGCGACGGCGAUUCCGGCGGCUCCGACACCUCCGACACCGGCGUCAGCGGCUGCAUGUGGGGCGGCGACCACCCGAACAGCCCCCUCGACACCAUCAUCCUCUCCACCAACCAGACGCCCCGUUCCUCUCCUCCAAAACCCUAA